AAUUUAACUCUUAAUAAUAGUUAUCAACUCAAUAACUCUCUAACUUUAUCACCAAACGCUUAUUGCCGUCUGCCUCUUGCGCUUUCCAACUGAAUCCGCAGACACGCGAAAGCCUGUUAAUGGACCGAGCAGCCAAGCUCUCAAAAGCCGUUUACCUGAAUUCCAACAAUCCCAAGCUAGCAUGGCUUCUCUUCAAGCGAAUCCUCUCUUCUCCUAUUGCUACUUCCUCUUCCUUCUUCAAAACCUCUCUUCAAUCUGUACCCAUUAUUGCCCGCAUCCUCAUCACUGCAAAAAUGCACCCACAGAUCGAUCACCUUCACCAACUCCUCUUGUCGCAGAACCGGGAUUUUGCUCAUCCAUCUGGCUUUGCACUCGUUCGAGUGUUGGCUGAUUUGGGUCUCUUCGAAAACGCCAUUUCUCAGUUUCGAUCGCUUCGAGCCAGGUUCCCUCAUGACCCUCCUCAUAUUUCUUUCUAUAAUCUUCUGUUUCGGUGUUCCUUGAAGGAGAGCCGUGUUGAUUGUGUGAUAUGGCUAUAUAAGGAUAUGGUUGUUGCGAGAGUUAAUCCACAGACUUAUACUUUUAAUCUGUUGAUACGUGCGCUUUGUGAAAUGGGGUACUUGGAGAAUGCACGGGAAGUGUUUGAUAAAAUGUCUGAAAAAGGGUGUAAGCCUAAUGAGUUUAGUCUUGGCAUUUUGGUUCGUGGAUAUUGUAGAGGUGGGCUCCAUUAUCGAGGGAUUGAACUUUUGGACGAGAUGAGGAGCUCUGGUGUUCUUCCUAAUAGAGUUGCGUACAAUACUGUGAUAUCUUCUCUUUGUGGAGAGGGUCAGAAUGGGGAGGCUGAGAAAUUGGUGGAAAGGAUGAGAGAAGUUGGUCUUUCUCCAGAUAUUGUAACUUUUAAUUGUAGAAUUGCAGCCCUCUGUAAAUCUGGGCAAAUUUUAGAAGCUUCGAGAAUUUUUAGAGAUAUGCAAAUAGAUGAUGAGUUGGGGUUACCGCAGCCUAAUACUGUAACAUAUAAUUUAAUGCUACAAGGAUUUUGUAAUGAAGGAAUGUUCGACGAAUCUAGGGCUCUCUUUGAUUCUAUGAAAAAAUCUGAAACUCUUUUGAGCUUGGAAAGCUAUAACAUAUGGUUGUUAGGUUUGGUUAGAAGUGGAAAGCUCCUUGAAGCUCGUUUAAUUAUUAAUGAGAUGGCAGAAAAGAGUAUAAAUCCCAAUCUUCACUCCUAUAACAUUUUGAUACAUGGACUUUGUAAAGUUGGAAUGUUUUCUGAUGCAAGAUCUAUAAUAGGCCUAAUGAGAGAGAGUGGUGUUGCUCCAGACAUUGUAAGUUAUAGUACCUUACUGCAUGGAUACUGCUGUAGAGGAAAGAUACUUGAAGCCAACUAUGUUCUUCGUGAAAUGAUACAGGUUGGUUGCUUUCCCAAUAUGUAUACUUGUAACAUCCUGCUUCACAGCCUGUGGAAAGAGGGGAGGGCAUCAGAGGCAGAAGAGUUGCUACAAAAGAUGAAUGAAAGAGGAUAUGGCUUGGAUAAUGUAACUUGUAAUACAAUGAUUAAUGGCCUCUGUAAAACUGGGAAUCUGGACAAAGCUAUUGAAAUAGUGAGUGGCAUGUGGACACAUGGCAGUGCUUCUCUUGGUAAUCUAGGGAACUCUUUUAUUGGUCUUUUUGAUAUUGGCAAUACUGGGAAGAAGUGUUUGCCUGACUCUAUCACAUAUGCAACCAUAAUAAGUGGGUUAUGUAAGGUAGGGCGGGUUGAUGAAGCAAAAAAGAAGCUUCUGGAGAUGAUUGGGAAAAAGCUAUCUCCUGAUUCACUAAUAUUUGAUACUUUCAUACAUAGUUAUUGUAAACAAGGGAAGUUGUCAUCUGCUUUUAGAGUUCUCAAAGAAAUGGAGAAAAAAGGUUGCAACAAGAGCCUUCAAACGUAUAAUUCACUGAUCCAGGGUUUAGGUGGUAAAAAUCAAAUAUUCGAAAUAUAUGGAUUGAUGGAUGAGAUGAGAGAAAGAGGAAUUUUUCCUAAUGUUUACACUUAUAAUAACAUUAUUAGCUGCCUAUCUGAAGGUGGAAAACUCAAAGAUGCCACUUGUCUUUUGGAUGAAAUGCUGCAGAAGGGGAUAGCUCCUAAUAUAUAUACAUUUAGAAUUUUAAUUGGAGCUUUCUUCAAGGCUUGCGACUUUGGAGCCGCUCGAGAAUUAUUUGAGAUAGCUUUAGGUCUAGUUGGCCAUAAGGAAUCCUUGUAUAGUUUUAUGUUCAAUGAGCUACUAGCUGGAGGUGAAACAUCCAAGGCUAAAGAGCUUUUUGAAGCUGCAUUAAAUAGAUCUCUAGCCUUGAAAAAUUUUCUUUAUAGGGACCUGAUUGAAAGGCUUUGCAAGGAUGGAAAGUUAGAUGAUGCCAGUUUCAUUCUUCAUACGAUGAUGGACAAACAGUAUAGUUUUGACCCUGCAUCAUUCAUGCCAGUGAUUGAUGGAUUGGGUAAAAGAGGGAACAAGCAUGCAGCUGAUGAAUUUGCAGAAAGGAUGAUGGAAAUGGCUUCAGAAACUGAUAUCAACCAACAUGAGAAUAAGAAUACUCGAGGAAGAUUGAAUAAUAAUGAUGAAAGCGAUUGGCGCAAAAUUGUUCACAGAAACGAUGGCAGUGGCAUUGCACAGAAAACUCUUAAGCGUGUGUUGAAAGGGUGGGGUCAAGGAAGUAUUUCAACUUCGCAGCCACAGAGAUUUAGCACACAUGAUUAUUGGGAUGGUGACGCUUAAAGUUUUCAAGUUCUUGAGGGACAGGCAAACAUGGAAACAUGCUAAAAUCUGCUGAGGAUUCAUAUCUUCAAGUUAGGGAGCCAAGGACAUCAGUACCUCAGCUGAGUAUCUGACCAUUAGCAACUGCCAAGUUACGAAAAAUAGAUGAUAAGUUCUCUGAAGUGUGAUGGUUUCACGAUGGGUUGCUACUGCCAGAUGAGCUUCCUAAAGUCUGCUGAGAAAUCCAUUGGACGCAGGGUCUGAUAGUUUGGCUGUGAGAUGGUCUAUAUAUUUCCUUAUACUCUUCAAGGUCUGCAUCACAUGUCAAGAGAACCCAUUCCCAUUGUCGCCGACAUACCUAAUAUAGACUCUUGUAUUAUCGUCUAUGUUGAAUCGUCUGGCAAUCUCUAGCUGCAAAUCUCUGAAACCUCAACUUGGGUGCAUGCUGAAGCCUUAACCUAAUUUCUUCUUCACCAAAA